CUUCUUAUUCUAAGCCCUAAAUCAGUAACAAGCAUCAAUGGCUUGCCCCUCUAAACCCAUGACAGUUUCUCUCAACCCCUUGACAAACCUCAAUCAAACGAAGCUUUUCUCUGGUUAUCUUCAUCUAGAUCUUCCCAUCUCUUACAAUUCCAGCAAUGGAAAACGAAAGUGGAUGCCUUUGAGGAAAACACACUUGCUAAAGGCCGGUGUUAUUCAUUCCCCUGCCAAGAGGGUUGGAGGAGGUAGAAGAGAAAUAAGCCAUGGAGAAAUCGGGCUUCAGAUGUGGUCAUUGUGUGGUUUUGGGUAUUGGGUUCAAGGAUUCAGAUGCUUUCCAUGGCUGGCGCUCAAUUUCUACAUGAGUAAUGGACUUGGAUUGAGCCCUUCGAUGCUGCAGCUCGUUCAGAGCACUGGGAAUUUGCCAAUGGUGGCGAAGCCUCUCUUUGGGUUCAUUUCUGAUGCUGUGUACAUUGGUGGGGGUCGCCGGCUUCCAUAUAUUUCCAUUGGAGCCUUCUUGCAGGCUCUUUCCUGGUGCACACUAGCCUUAGUUCCUACACAUGCAGGAAGAUUCCCAACUCAAAUGGCUUGCAUCUUGCUUAGCAAUCUAGGCGCAUCUGUCACAGAAGUCGUCAGUGAUGCUCUUGUCGCCGAAUUCAGCAAAACCCGCAGCCCAGGUGAGCUUCAGUCCUUCGCAUUUACGGCCGUCGCAGCCGGAGGACUCCUAGGCAAUCUCUUAGGUGGCUUCCUUCUUCUAAAACUCCCCAAAGUUAACCCAAUGUUCUUCUCCUUUUCAAUACUACUCACCAUUCAAUUAGUUAUUUCCUUGACUACAAAAGAAAUCUCUCAUCUCCCUCAGAACUCCUUGAAAGAAAACCUUAGCAAGCAAUUUACAGCCCUCAUGGCUGUGAUUACACAGACCAGUAUACUAUACCCUCUUCUCUGGAUUGUAGCUUCCAAUGCUGUUGUUCCACUUCUUUCAGGAUCUCUCUUUUGCUUCCAAACCCAGUGCCUGAACCUUGACUCCUCUGUAAUCGGCUUGUCGAAAGUGGUGGGUCAGCUUAUUGUCUUAUGUACUACACUUUUAUAUAACCAACAUUUGAAGAGCAUCCCAAUGAGGAAGCUCAUAUCUGUGGUUCAGGUUCUCUAUGCUCUUUCAUUCAUUUCUGAUUUACUUUUAGUGAAGCAAAUCAAUGUGAGAAUGGGUAUUUCAAAUGAAGUGCAUGUGCUGUGCAUUUCUUCCCUGGCUGAAUCUCUUGCUCAGUUUAAGACAUUACCUUUCACAGUCCUUUUCUCGAGGCUUUGCCCAUUGGGUUAUGAGGGUUCUCUCUUUGCCUUCUUUGCUUCAGCUAUGUGUUUGUCGUCUAUAGUGAGUGGUGUAUUUGGAGUUGGAUUGGCUUCUUUGUUAGGAGUGUCAUCAGAGAACUAUUCAAGCUUGCCUUUGGGUAUAGUUCUGCAGGUUUUAGCAGCUUUUUUACCUUUGGGAUGGAUUUCUCAUGUUCCUAUGAUGAUGAAUUUGGAGCUUCAGAAGCCCAAAAGACAAUGGUGAAGAGGAGAAAUUAUUCUGUGCGGAUGCUGAACGUCAUUUAUCGUCCGGAGACCAACCAGAAUGCACCACGUCAGCAGUACCGAACACGAUACCGAGCCGCGGUACCGAGCGGGGGUGACAUGGCGCAUCCUGAUUGGUUUCUGGACGGCGUUUGGCUCCGCGCAUAAUAAUUUGCCGGUGAAGAGGGAUGUGGUGAGUCUUUGAUCAAUUUCAAGUAGCGAUCCGAUCAUGUAAAGGCAAUAGCCCUUCAAAAUGUACAUCACCAAUGAUUAUGGUGAACAAUUUUGGUUGCAUUUUUAUGAGGGCAGUUUUUCGAUGAAAAAUGAAAAUUUUGUUUUAUAUGUAAAAAAAGAUAUGGUAUUGAUCUUAUAAACUGUGUACAAAUUGCUUUUAUUUAA